AUGUCGCCCUCGCACUCUCCAAAUUUCGUCGACCCAUCCAAUCUUUCUCUUCCGUCCUCUUCCUCCCUCAAGCGUCCUGCAUCUCCCUCAUCAUCUCGUGCAGACUCUCCAGAUGUAUCCAGGCAGGAACCUCCACGUAAGCGCCCUCGCUCAGCCGUAACACCGGAAGAGCGCAAAGAGGCUCGUGCACACCGCAAUCGCAUAGCGGCACAAAACUCUCGCGACCGCAGAAAAGCUCAAUAUUCCUAUCUCGAGCGCAAAGUCACUGAACUGGAGGAAGAGAACAGACGUCUUCGUGCUGGUGUUCCAAUGAUCAUCCCUACUUCACCCUCGGUCAGCUCUACCUCGGAGCCCGAGGUUGCCACCAUUGAGCAGGAGCAAGAGCGCAAACGAAAACGAGCCGAGGAACAACGGGAACGUGAAAACCUCGAGCUACGCGAACGUAUUCGAACGCUUGAGAUGGGCUAUGAGGCAGUGUUGCGGACCCUGGCAACCCAAGGCGCCAACCCGUCUGCUCUCCACGAGACUUCAGGCUCAACUCCAAUCCUCUCAUCCACUUGCGCACCAUCACCUGCGUCAGAAAAAUCUCCUUCAACAGCAGACUCCGCAUCUCCUGCCCCCUCAUCACCUAAAUCGACUUCCCUUGCUACUCUUGCGUACCCACUUUCUCCUGCACCGACGCAUUCUACGCUCACGGACAGCCCCAUGCUGUUUUUGGGUGACUCAUUCGACUUCCCACUCAGUCCCACAUUUUCUCUCUCAGAUCUCACGCCAUCCGAUUCACCAGCACCUGUUGACACACCACAGGAAACUCUCGAUCUUUCCUCGAUUGGACAUGCUCCCACUCGCCACCUAGCACGGGUGGCGACCACUACCGUUCACGCGGCAGUGUCCCUGCAGCGGGUGGGCAGCAUACGUCUAGUCACGGGACCGGCGAGAGCAACCAGAUGUACCGCAGUGCUGCAAUCGAGCCUGAAGACGAGGCAGCCUCAGACGCUGCCCUCACGCGCCUGUUCGCGGAGAUCCUCGCGUCCCCGCCGACUGGCACUUGCGCUCUUCCAGGCACUUGCCCUUCGGCAGAAGACGCGAACAGCACGCAGGUGCUGA